AUGUCGUCAAGCGGCAACGAUCUGGUUCGCCAGCAUACUCACGACAUCGAACUCGGUGUCUCGGACGUGCUUCAACGCCAUAUCACUCGUCAUGUCGUUCCGGCCAAACCCGUUUCCCAGCGCAGGCUGGACUUUGAGCACAAACGGCCCAGAAUCCUGCGUGAGAUGAUGGCCGAAGCCACCGGCGUCUUCUUCUACGUGUUCCCCGGAAUCGCCUCGGUGGCUUCAUUCACAUUAGCCACCACGAACCCCGUAGCAGCAGAGAUCGGAGUCACCAUCUUCGGCAAUCUCUUCCAGAUCGGAUGGGCUUUCGCCAUUGGUAUCGCGUUUGCAAUCAUCACAUGUGCCCCUGUGUCUGGCGGUCAUUUCAACCCGGCAAUUACCAUCUGUUUCGCAAUCUGGGAAGGAUUCCCCUGGAGAAAAGUGCCGCAUUAUAUCUUUUCACAAAUCUUUGGUGCCUUUUUGGCCGGCCUAAUGCUCAUGGCAUGCUACUGGCCCGAAAUCCAGGCAGCCAAGGCUCUCGACAUCAAGAACCACGGCACAGCAGUCUACAACGGUGGCGUGGCCAGUAUACUUUGCGCGUUUCCCAACACGAACCAGACCAACCAAGGAUACUUGUUCUUCCAGGAAUUCUUUGUGGACAGCUACAUCGGCAUUGUCAUCUGGGCGUGCUUGGACAGAGCCAACCCAUUCGUCAGUCCUGUCUCUGUGCCUUUUACCAUCGGUAUCGCCUACGCCUGUAUGGUCUGGGGCUUUGCGGGAAACACUCUCUCGACCAACUUGGCUAGGGAUCUGGGUACUCGAAUCGUGGCCGCCAUUUUCUUUGGCAAGGAGGCCUUCACGUAUUCGAGCAGUUAUUCGUGGAUUUCGAUUCUGGUCAACGUCCCUGCUACUAUUUUCGCUACGGGGUACUAUGAAUUGCUUAUCAGGGACAGUCUCCAGAAGAUCCAUGCCGGUCAUGCUGAGCAUAAGGACGGCGAGGAGGGUUUGCAGAGACAUAUUUCCAAAGUCACGGGUGUUGAUGUCCAGAAUCAGGCUUGGGAUUCCAACCGUGGGGUCAUGAAUUCUGCUAAUGGGGUCAAUGCGGCUAAUGGGGUUCAUGAGAAGCAGUACUAG